AAAUUUAUUGCUAAUGAGUAAUUUUGAGAGUCCAAAUGAAGUAAUUGGAAUUUAAAUCAUUAACUCUAGAAUUAUAAGUAUAAUAGACAAAAAGGGUAUUUGAAAUGGGAACUGACAAAUAAAGAUAUCAAUGGGGCAUUAGAUGCUUAGUAAUCCAAGAUUGAAAAAGGUUACUUAUCAAAGGAUAGAAGGGCCAAUACCUUUGUAGGAAGUUCCGAAAAAUCAGGACUGCAGUCAGAAAAGAGUUUAGAUAAAUCAAAUUUAGAUGAACAUGUUUGUUGCAAUAAAUUGGAUGAUCUUAGUCGAUAAUAUGUAUAACUAUAUUUAUAAUUAGUAAUAAAUUAUAAAUGAGCAAAUGAGUAAACUGACAGAACUGAAUUACCUUAUUUAGUAGCAUUCAAAAUUAUUAAUUGAAUCUUAUAAUCAAGGAUUGGAGGAUGCUAAAAGUGCAAAGAAUAAGGAAUAGCAGAUACUAGAAAAUAAUAGGUUGUUGAGAGAGAGAGAUAGAUAGAUUUAGGAAUGGGAGGAGAAAUACCAUAAAGAAAAGAAGUUAGGUGAUGAAAAAGAAGAAGAGAUUAAGUAAUUUAUUAUUAUAUUAAAUUUUCAAAGAGAAUUAGAGAAUAGGAUUAAAGAAUUGUCCACCAAUAUUUCAGUUAUAUCUAAUACAGAAGAUUUGGAGGUAGAAAAAAAUUAAUGGAAAAAUAAAUUUAUAUCUUUAAAUAAACAAUUCAACGAGACAGAGUAAUAAGUUGUUGUGUUGGAAAAUGAAAUUGAUAUGUUGAAACAAUAACAAAAGAAGACAGAAGUUAGAGUAAAUAUUAUAAAAUAUCCAUUUAGACUUCGACAAGAAGGAGAACUAUUGCAAAAGAAAUAUAAUAACCUUGA